AUAGAAAAAUGUCGACCAGUGAGCUUUUGAAAGAGCUUGCAGGUUUGCGAGAACGCAUUGACCACUUGGAACGAGAAAAAAGAACUGACGACAUUUCUGCGACUGGCAAUUCCUCAAAACCGAGGCCACGGGAAGUUAUUCCGACGGUAAAAGCGCUAAGUAAUGCGUUGUAGCGAGGUAGAUGUCGGUAUGAAAUUGUAAAUUUCCGGAAAUGGACCGGAAGGCGACUUCUUCAGUAGAGAAUGGUUAUUAAUUUAAUUUUUCUAAUAGGCGGCACUGAAACGGCUCUUUGGCGACAUGUCAUUUGAAAUGAAACCUGCAGAAAGACCAUGGCAAGAUGUUGCUGCAGAACUACAAAAGACUCUUGUGCAAAUGCUCAGAGCGGGAGGCAAUUGUCGAAAUAUUGAUGACACCACACUAUUAAGACGUGUGCGUCAGUUUUAUGUCGCACGAAGACAGACUGAAACUGCAGCAAAAACACAGAGAAGAGACGUCGAAGACGGCAACAACUUAAAAUCAGCGCAGCGACUUACACCUACAGGCGUCAGAAAGUGGCCGAGGCUAUUAGAAAAAUCGAGCUUUCAGCAGAGACCAGAGACGUGUCAUUGUUCAGAUCUGCCAUUCCCAGAUUGACAGAUAAACAAGUUUCGCCUGCACCA